AUGGCUACCACUUCUAUGGAUUACGAGGCCGCCAACGGCGACCGCUACGAUGGUUCGUUUUAUCUCGAUACAAACCGCCGCUCUCAGCACGACGAGGCACUGACAGAUGUACGCGAUACAGACGAGGCUCCUCGUUACGAGCGCGACAACCGCAGCGCCUCUCCUCGCCCUGCGCGUGAUGACGGCGACUCUGGACGUCGUCGCUCUGCCUCCCCUUCUGGCAACGGCGACCGUGACCGCGACCGUGGCGCCAAGGAUGAGACCGGCUCCAGGGGCGGCGACGACGACGGUGCCAUCAACCCUGGCUCCAACCUGUUCGUCACUGGCAUCCAUCCUCGUCUGACCGAACAGGAGGUCACUCGCAUGUUUGAGAAGUAUGGCGACGUUGAAAAGUGCCAGAUCAUGCGCGACCCUCACACCAAGGAGUCCCGUGGCUUUGGCUUUGUCAAGAUGGUCACCUCCGACCAGGCCGACGCUGCCAAGGAGGGUCUCCAGGGAGAGCAGAUUGAGGGUCGCACCCUCAGCAUUGAGAAGGCUCGCCGUGCUCGUCCUCGCACUCCCACUCCCGGCAAGUACUUUGGCCCUCCUAAGCGUGGUAACGGCGGACGUGAGGACCGUGGCGACCGCUAUGCUCGUGGCGGUGAUGACCGCCGCGGCGGUGGUGCUGCCGGCUACGAGAGACGCGAGCGUGGCGGUGACGACACCUACACUGGCAGCGGCGGCCGUGAUGGACCUCGCUCCCGCGACCCUCCUGCUGGCGGCGCAGCCUAUGCUGAUGCCCCUGCCCGCUCUGAGGGCCGCGAGCCCUACGGAGGUUGGAGCUCCUGA